UUUCCAAACAUGUGGACCUACACUCUCAUUGCGGCUGUGAUUGUUUUAUGGGUUAUAUGGAGAAAAAGGUCGUUUUCCGUCCUAAAAAACCUGGGCAUUCCUGGACCGGAACCGAAUAUUUUCUUCGGAAAUGCAUUAGAUCUUGUGUGGAAGAAGACACCUUUGGAGAGUCAUAAAGAAUGGAUAAAAAAAUAUGGAAAAGUUGUUGGAUUCUACCUUGGAACUAAACCGGUCGUUCUUAUUACGGACGUGGACAUUUUGAAAAAAAUUCAAGUCUCUGAUUUCCAUAAAUUUAUGAACAGGCCGAAUAUGUUCCAAGGAGACAGAAAACCAGACGAGAAAAGGAAACGCGUAGAAGGGUUCAGUCAACAUUUAAUAAUACUAAGAGAUAAACGCUGGAAAGAGAUUCGCUCAAUACUGACUCCAACAUUUACUGCUUCAAAAAUGAAACAGAUGGCUCCUAUUAUGAAUGGUGCGAUCGAUUCUUUGUUGAAAAACGUCGAAAAGAAAAGUAAUCGAGGAGAAGCAUUCGACAUUUAUCCUAUGUAUCAAGGUUUGACAAUGGAUGUCAUCGGCCGAACAGCUUUCGGUAUUCAAACCGACGUUCAAAAUGAUCCCAAUGAUCCAUUUCUGCGUUCCGCACGAAUUCUUUUCUCUGGCGACGUUCGUAGCAUCUUCUUCCUAUUAUCUGUGAGUUUCCGCAAGUUAGAGAGCUUUUGGAAUCAAAUAGGAAGACUGAGAUUAAUUUUCAAGAAUCAAGGAACUAAUCCUGUUACAGAACUCAUCCAGUCUGUGAAGGAUGUGAUUGCAACAAGAAGGAAAGGCAAGAAAAGUCGAAGACCAGAUUUGCUACAAUUGAUGAUGGAAGCAGAAGUAGAAGAUUUAUCAUCCGUAACAUCAGAUGAUCUCACUGCUAAAGAUGACAGCGAAACAACAGAAAUACAAAAGACAGAAAAUAGUUCCUCCAAACUUGUACGAAAGAUGACCGAUGCCGAUAUAUUGGAUAAUUCAGUACUCUUCUUCUUGGCUGGGUAUGAAACUACGAGUACUGCUCUGGCAUUCACAACUCAUCUUCUCGUUCAGCAUCCCGAAAUACAAGAAAAAGUCAUCGAAGAAGUUGUGCAGCUUUUGAAAACUGAGGGGGAACUGGACUACUACUCAGUCAGUAAAUUGCAAUAUCUGGAUCAAGUUUUAUUAGAAUCUCUACGAGUCUACCCUCCAAUUUAUUUGUUUGUAAACAGAGAAGUUGCAGAAGAUGUUGAUUUCGGAAGUUUCCGAUUAAAGAAAGGACUUGCCAUUCAAGUUCCAGUAUUUAGUUUGCACAGAGAUGAGGACUUAUGGUCAGAUCCAGAAGAAUUCAAGCCGGAACGAUUUUCAACAGAGAACAAAGGGAAGAUGAAUCCAUUGGCAUUCCAAGCUUUUGGUGCUGGACCUAGGAAUUGCAUCGGGAUGAGAUUCGCCUUGAUGGAAGCCAAACUGGCCCUUGCUCGACUCCUUUCGAAAUAUCGACUUAAACCAUGUGAAAAGACGGAAUCGGAACCAAUUCCUCUGAAAGUGUCUGGAGCAACAAUAAAUCCUAAGAACGGAGUGCAUAUCAAAGCAGUUCCACAUGAAAUUAGUUAAAUGUUUUUUAGUUCAAAAAAGAAGGCAUCUUUCAUAAUAUUGAAUAUUUUUAAAGCGUCGAUGUUUGGAACUCAGUUUCUGCACACAUGUUUUUUACGGUUAAAUUAUGUCAGCUGUGAUAAA